AUGAAAGGACUCUUUCACUUCGCUCACUCUCUUUGGCCUCUCGCCCCUCAUGGUACACCAUCGCAGAGACCUACACGAGUAGAGUCCUUUUCCACCACUAGACGAUUAGACGCCUACAUCGCCUUCAUUGCCAGCACAGCUGCAAAAGCCAUUCGCACCUUCACGUUGCAAAGAAACUCGCAUCCGCCUUCGACAAGUACGCCCACCAAAGAUCGCCUAUCUCCAUCGACCAGGUCAAGGCAAGAUGUGGACCAACUACGUCGAGUGCCGUAUCAGUCUACUGACUCAACCACAGCACACCCUUCCCGGCGCGCCCGUCCCUCUGAGGUUGACGAGAGCUAUCAGGGCGAGCAGGUUCCUGGAUAUUUUCCGCCCUAUACCGGCAACGGGUUCGCCAGCCACCCCUCCCAACCCAAUUGGACUGGACUCAAUCAAUCCGACCUCUACGAGGCGUGCGAGCGCGACGCAAUUCGUCGUAUGCAAGAGAGACCAACCAUUGCAGAGAGACAAGCCAUUGCAGAGGGAAAGCCUCUUCCACCGCGGCCAACCACUGAAAAGAGACAGCGCAGCGACGGCGUUAUCACGUUGAAGAUUGAAUUGACUGAGACUAAUGAAAAGCAGAUUUCUGACGGUGAAGGUGGCAUUAUGAGCUUCCAGGAGGCUUUGGAACUCGAUUCCCAGGUACAGGCUUUGCAACUCGGCUCCCAUGAAGAAGCUGUGCAGCCCAACUAUGAUGAAGAGGCCUUGGAGCUCGAAGAAGAGGCUCCCGCGGACAGCCUGGACAAUCACCACGCCUAUCUUGUUCGCCAUUUCCGCAACGGCUGGGACAACAGCGGUCUCGCUGCCUCUGAGGUCGAGCCUUUGGGCGAGGCCGACUUCUCCGACGUGGACGAGGGCGACUUCUUCAGUGAGGAAGAAUAUGAGAUUGAAGGCAUCGACGAUGGAAUCUACAUGUACGGCGAAGACCAAGAGGAUGGCGCUCAGAUCGACCACACCGAAGGCUUCGAGAAUGACACCAACAUCCUUGAUGAGGCUGAGGCAAAGCACGACAAUGGCCACGAGGAUGCAGGAGCCCAGCAAGGAAAUCCCGCGCAGCAGACCAUGCCCAUCGAAUUGAACCUCCCCCCGGUCAGAUCGUUCCAUGAGUAUCUGGGCAACAGGGGACUUCCUCAGGAGUUGAAAGACCAGAUCUACGGCCACGCCCUCAAGCAGCCAUCCGGCAUCAGGCCCAAGCUAUGCAGCCACAGCAGGGUCAAUGCUAUCAAAUUCCACGAUGAUGACAACGAGUGCGCCUUCGACAACAACUUCUUCGCCCUCUUCUACACCUCCAAGAUGGACCGCAAGGCGAGCAUGGCGGCGUUCUACGAUGUCAACACCUUCAUCUGCAGCCAGGACACUGCCAUCUACUUGUCCUAUCUCAAGCACGUCGGCCGCCUGGGCUUCAUCAAGAAGAUGAUUUUCGGCGUUCCACUCAUCAGAGGCGUUCCAAGAGAUGCGAACUCCUCCUUCUCGUAUGGAGGUCAUACCACCGGCGAAUACCAAACCACCAAGAUCGCCAGGACCACUCUCCGCGAUCUCACUGCCGUGAUCAAGCACUUCGGCGACAACCCCCGCAACGUCAACGUCGACUGGUCCACCGCGGGCUUCAGGUCCAUCCAAGCCCACCCUCUCUUCGUCGUCGGAGGCCUCCACCUCGUCAACAUCUUCAUCGUCCUCCUCCAGCUAUCCUCCGCCCGCACCCCCAUCCCGCCGACAUUCGUGCCAGGCGCCCCCCAGCACCGCGUCUCCUGCAACCGCGAGGUCACCGUCUCGGUCCCCUACGCCCGCCUCAUCGCCGCAAAGUACGAUCUCGAAUGGUUCAAGGACGUCACCGACGCACUGUCCCUGCACGUCAAGUUCAGCGAACGCGCGCAGCUCAACAUCGACGGCUCGCACGUCAUGUUCGAGUGGAAGCGCGGCAACAACGCAGACGUCGGUUCCUCCGUCGACCACUUCAACGCCGUCAGCGUCGCCUCCACCGUCAGGCAGCUCAACGCCAUCUCCGUCGGCAUGGACAACCUCCGCAUCCCUCGCAAGGUGUGCUACUACCGCAAGGACUGCCAGACCGGCGAGAUCUGUUGGUACAACCUCGUCUACUGAGUCCACACAGGCUUCCCAUACGCCUCGCAUGCACGCACGCACGCACGCACGCAAAGCUCACUCACUGCACUCGUAGCUAGCCAACCAACAUACAUACGUACGCCAGCGCCAGUUGCCAGUUUUGCGAAACGAAACGAUUUUCUUAGAUUUCCUUUGUAUAAGCACAUGAUAUCCAAACGACGACAUUAACGGACGUCUGUUCCGAAAGCCCAGGCCACCAGGACCAGCGUGCUGGCUGGCUAGCUCAGUUUCUACCACCAGUAUACUUUCUUUUCCACCACUCGAGUUCCUUGCCCGACCGACCGACCUGUUACUAAUGGCUUUUCCUUCGGACAUGGAGCUUUUUUCCUGCCUUAUUUUGGGUGGAUGUGGCGGGUUGUCUGGAGGGGGCUUGUGAUGGUGAUGGGGCAUCGGCAUGGGCAUGAUGGAAGGGGUUGGUUGAGCAAUGAAUGAAUGAAUGAACGGUAAAUCACAAUCAAUG